GCUCCGGCAUAUUUGUGACGGUGAUAGGAAAAACACCUACACCUAUUAGUUUGGACGUAUUUGUUCGCAUAGAUAUACACUUAAAUUAGUUUAUACUAAAGUAGUGCCAGAAGUGUCAUUUUUAAGUUACGCAUAAAUGGCAUUACGGGGAUCAUGGGCGGUUCGGCUGAAACAGGCAGUAGCGGCUAGUGAAUUCUUGUUUGCGAGCCUGAUUUUUGGCAAUUUUCCUUGACGAACUCUUAUUCGAGGACUGUGAAUAAUGGUAUGGCAAUGCGAAUAGAUUGUCCAUUGCGACGUAGCCACCGUGUGGCACAGGCAGGACCUGUGCUGCCCAUGGCCAUGCAGGACCGUGUGUCACCAGCAACAGACGAUAGAGUACACUGCUGUGGUCGGCGGUUUUGGUUUGUGCGAGACAUCUGUGGCAUCAUCUGUGCUGUCAUGACAUGGCUGUUGGUGCUGUAUGCCCAGUAUGUGGUGGUAGGCGUUAUACUCUUGCCAUCACUCUACACCUACUAUGGUGCCUUUCACUUACUGCUCUUUGAGCUGCUGGCCUUUCUGGCUGUCUUCUCGCACGUACGCACCAUGGUGACAGAUCCAGGUGCGGUGCCUCGGGGCACAGCCACACGCGAGGCUGUGGAGCAACUGGGCCUGAGGGAGGGUCGGCUAGUUUACAAGUGUCCCAAGUGCAGCUGCCUCAAGCCCGAGCGGGCUCACCAUUGCAGUGUGUGCCAGCGGUGCAUCCGCAAGAUGGACCAUCACUGCCCUUGGGUCAACAACUGCAUUGGCGAGAACAACCAGAAGUUCUUCGUCCUCUUCACUUUGUACAUAGCAGUGAUCUCCUGCCAUGCAUUUUUCCUGGCGGUCAACCAUUUUGUUGGGUGCAUCAACAGCGAAUGGAGCACCCGUGGGAUUCCUCAUUCUUCAACAGGAUGCUCAGCUGGCUCCCCAGCGGUCACGGUCAUCCUGCUCAUCUUGCUCAUCUUCGAGGCACUGCUGUUUGCCAUUUUCACCCUGGUCAUGUUUGCCUCCCAGCUGCAAGCCAUCUGGAAUGAUGAGACGGGCAUAGAGCAGCUGAAGAAGGAAGUGGCCAGAUGGCAGAAACGCUCUCCAUGGCGGAGCAUGCGGGCUGUCUUUGGGCGCUUCUCUCUCUCCUGGUUCUCUCCCUUCACAUCUGCUGGAGACGCACCUCUGCUCCCAGGUUACCUUUAUGCUGUAUAGCACCAUUGCCAGAAGUGACGUGAAUGCAAACAUGGUGAACAUCGCACACCUUCCUUAUGAACCCAGUGCUGCUAUUCAAGAUUAGGUCGUACCUGGUGUCUUGCAAGACAUGCAUCUAAGUCCUUUUGUGGAAGAAACUUGAUGCAGGACAACCAUCCAUUCCUUGUGAAAGCACUUUAAUCCACUGAGAAACAAAAAUGUUGUGCCGGGACAUACUGGGAGCCACACCAGGUGCCACUCAUAGGAGGCAUUUUUGUAGUGGCGCACCAUGAUGAGUUGGCUUGCCUUUUCGCUUGCCUGAGUGGUUGAAAUACUUGUGGUUAUGUGGAAGCUGAAGGAAGCCGGAUUACAAGUGUGCAUUUUAAGGUGAAUGAGAAGUGACAGAAAUGGUGUUUAUGUGCCCCCAACUAAUGUUGUACACUAUUGGAGGUUUGUGUAUGUGUAGAAUUGUACAUGAACUGCUAGACUUGUAAGCUGUGAAACAGUAACACACUUGAUGUCAGUCGAUGUUAGUCUUUUUACUACAAGAUGUUUUAUGAUACCAUCUGAUUGUCUGCUUCUUCCUUUAAGCCUGGGGCGGUAUUCUCAGAGACCACUUUCGGGGAUACUGUCACUUUCGUGAGGUGUUGCACUGGACUCUAAGAAUGCUGUUGCCUUUAUACACUGGCACACCUGGUGGUAGUCACACAAAAUCUUAUGAAAGUGAAAGCAUCUCCACAAAUGAUUUCUGAGAAUACCGCCCCUGAACAGCUUAGAUUUUUAAGCGGUAGGUGUUAAAAUAAACUAAAGGCUGCAGUAGAAAUCUUAUGAGAUUUAAGAACAAAUUUUGUGGCAGUUUGAUAGUACUCAUAGUGUUGACUUAAGAUUGCCUUUUUGAAAACUGAGCUGCUGCUAAAUAGAAGAGCUUUUUUUCAUAUGCUUUGUGUUCCAUGUUUCGAAAAGUCAGAAUUAUUCAUGAAGUUCGUUUACAGAAGCCUGCUUUAUAAAAAGCAGAAAUCAUGUAGAGUGAUUUGAAAUAUUCAUGGUGAUAUAGUUGUGGUGUAAAAAUGAAGUGAAUACAAGAAGCAUACCUGAAUGUGGCUUGGGAACUUGAUGUUUUAAACUUGUUUAUAGACAACCAUUGAUAUCUGUUCGCUUGCUCGUGUUACCUUGUGCUGUGUUGAAUGUAUGUAUGAUAUUGUUUAUAUAGACUAAUGCCAUGAUGGAGCACUUUUGCCAGGCUAAAGUAGUAGCAGCAUAAAAACGCACAAAGUGUCUUUGGAGGUCUGCUUUUUAACUUGAUAAAAGUGCAAAUUAUUGAAAGCUAUUUUAUGUGAAUGCAAAGAAAUGUAUAUGACCCAAGAAUUCUUAAGGUAGUAGAACCUAGAUUUUGUAAACCUGUGCAUAUGUAAUGAUGCUCUGUAUUUGCAUACUGGCACAGUGUCAGAAUGCAUGAAAUCACAAAUGAAAUAGCAUGCUUUCCAUACCACUUGUACAGCGAAAUUGAUAGUUUGCUAUGGGUACGACGUUACCAUUUGAAUGUUGUGUAAUGUGUGUACUUACUCUGCACCUUUACUGCGAAAAUUUUUCAGCAUCAUUGUACUUGAACACACUGUCUGUGCGCUUUGUUUGAAAAGUGCAUUAUUUAUUGUUCAAAAUCUGGUCAUCACAUACAUAUGCAAUACUAUCAGGGCGCUAAACUCUCUUGGCUGUCAAGCUGAAAAUGUUUUUUUUUGCUUGUGUAGGCAUCAGAAGACACAUGCUGCCAUUCUGUGAUGGCAUUUGCAUGCACUUCUUCAAUGACCUGUUAAACAUGCUUGUGAAUGUUUCCUUAAAAGCAAUUUACAAAUUGGCUUAAGUUGUGUGGAACAUUUUUGUGCAUGCUUGGAAAAAAAAAAAUGCCGCUUGGGUAGGGAUAAAUGUUGUCUGAUCCAAACCCUAACCAUAGUGCUUUGUUGUAUUGACAUGUUGCUAGCAUAUCUAGCAUGCUAGCAUAUCUAGUGUUGGGAGUUAUAAGUCAUAUUAAAUAUACAAGACUGUGCUAGCUCCUGAAGACCAACAGAGUGGACAAACUUGAGACUAGCUACUUUUUGUUUUUUGUUUGCUGAGAAGCAUUUCCAUGUCACUGCUUGACAUUGUUAGCUUGCUUGUAUGGUUUCUUUUUAUUCUGGUAGCCGUUUUUGCUCCUUUCGCAUCCUUUAGACUUGUGAUCCUCUGAUUGGUCUUGAAUGGCCACUGUACUUUUAUAAAUUGUUUUGACUACAUGGUUACAGUCUCUAAGGCACGUUGUUUUUG